GUGUCACCUACACACCCACCCACCCGCAAGGCAGUGGGGUACUACUUAGUUUAUGUUCUAGGAUCUUUUUCAAGUGUUUAGGCUCUUUUGUGUCUAAUAACCUUUCCUCAUAAUGAAUCCCUAUGAGGAUUCAUUACACACCAAAGAGUAAAUACCUCUAAAAUUCCUAAAAUAUAAAUGGAGUACCCAGCAGCUUGUGGGUUAUGGGGUAGUUGGAACAUGGGAUGCCACUAAUUCCCCACCCCCAGCUGAAAAGCAGUGGGGUCAAAAUGAACAGAAGAAAUGAAGGAAGUCAUUGAUCUGACUGGAGAUGACCUGGCUGUGAUAACAGCAGCAGGCAAUGACUUUGACAUAAUUGAUCUGACGGAGGUUGAAGAAACAAUGGUUAGCCCUGUUCAUGGUAAUGGCUAUAUUGCUCUGGACCUAAAGCAUUCUACUCCAGUCAGCAUGCAGCCUGCAUGCUCUCCUAAAAUGUUCAGCACUGUAGACUCUGGAAACAAAUUUGAUGUGCCAAUUAGCCUGUGGAACACAGAAUGUGAACAAGCUUUCCCCAAGGAAGAUGCUGUGAAGCAGACCUGCUUUCAAAAUGGCUUCUCUCUUGUCCCAAACUAUGGGGGGGACUCUGAAAGCAACAGCCUUACCUCUUAUAACAGUGACAUGAGUUCCUUUGGAAGCCCGCUGCUGGGGUCUGAUAUCUUCUCUUUGUCCUCUCCCAGCAGCAGUGAACAUCAAACGGACUGUGUGGAAGAGGCUCCUAGUUGCUGUCCUCCUGAGAGAGGUCCCAACCCUCAACUCUCUCCAUCCCAUCAGAGAUGCUCCCCAAGUCCCAUCUCCUGCUAUUCUCCUCUGAACAUUGCCCCAUCUCUUGCAGAAGCUGAACAGCCUCUGCUUGAAGCACAUAACCCAACACCAGGAGUUCAGGAACAAACUGAGUGGGGUGACAUCAAAGCCUGGGUGAAAACAUUGCAGUAUUUCCAGGGUGUGCCUGUACAUCACCCCUUUCUUCAAAAUGCGGUACAGGAAAGAGAUGCCAAACAGAACAAGCCACUGAAACCCCAGCCUAUCCCGAACCGGAGACUCCGCAUGGUGUCCAGCACUAUCGAGGAGAACUUCUUCCAGGGGACCUUGGAUUUCCUUACGGGUUAUGUGUCCUGUCGGUACUAUCCCCCAAUGGAGAUCACAUCCUGUGUGGUCAGGCAGAUUCUGCUGGGCCCAGAGCAACAAGAGGGGCAGCAGGAAAUACAGAAGGAUGCCUACAUGCUGCUGAUGAAAAUCCAGGCGCUUCAUCCAGCAAAGACUGACACAGUAGUCUGGGACUGGCAGCUGCUACAUGAGGUCAUGGAAGAGCAGGUAGAAAGGUUUCCUGGACGACUCCUGUUCUUGCAGUAUGUGAUCCAGACUUUGGAGGACGACUUCCAGAGGACGGUCCGACUAGGCAUUUUGCCCAGAUCUAUUGCCAAGGCUGUGCUUUCCUGUGACCAGUGCUUCAGUAAUGUAAAGGAAGUAACUGAAUGGCUAGUAGCUGCCAUCACUGCUGGAAAGCUUUCACAGCACAGAAGACCUCUGCAGAAAGCAAGAAGUCCUUUGUUAGAAACCUCCACGGACAAGAGCAGCACCUCUGUACCAAAGCUGCACUUAGACCAAACUGCAGACACAGAUGAUGCCGCUCUGGGAUUGCAGUCUCAAAAGGAGGUGGCACUUCUCCAGAGGAUGCUUUUUAUAGCAGUAGAAGUGGACAAGUCUCCAAACUGCAGUGCCAGUAAGAUGGCAGACAUGGUAUUUUCUGCUGUGCUGAAUAUUCCCAAGCGCUGCCAAAGGGAAGCCUUCCUAAACAGUAUGGAAUGUCAUAUCCUACGAUGCAAAGUGUUGGAGCUCAUUUUCCACCAUAGCUGCACAGAACCCACCAACCUACCCUUAUCUAUGGCGAAGAUACUGUAUUUUCUUAACAACUUUUCUCUGCUGUUGAAAUACCAGGACAGUGAAGAAACAUGGCAGGGAUGGGAUGAAAUGCUUCACCACUUGAAUUUACUGUUGCUGAGUUAUCGCACGAUGGUCCUUGGGCACUUAAGAAGCUCAGUGUGUGAACGGAUUAAUUUAAUCAACAAGGCUGCCAAACCCAAACUGCAGCCACAUGAUUACAUUUCCUCCUCGGAUGCAGAGUACAACAUAAAAAGCUUCCAAGAGAAGCUCUCGGAAACUCUAGGACAGCCACUUCCCUUACCUAUCAAGGAAAAGACUGAGCUAUUCAAAGUAUUGCUUCUUACCUUCAUAGAUAACAAACCGGAGAACCAUUAGGCAUUUAAAAGAUGUGACUUCUUUCCAGUGGAAACAGCUGAGCAGUGAGAUUUCAGAUGGAGUUUUAACAUGCAAUAAGUCUUUUUUGUAUUAACCCAUGGUUGAUAACUUGUUCAAGAAGUUGUAUUAAUGAAUUUUAGACUUCUGUUGUCAUAUCAGUUUGUUGCUCCCACCUGUGCUUUAUAUAAUUUUUGUAAUAAAUUAUUUUACUAGUUAAAGGGGAGAGGGUUGCAUAAGUUUGCACGAAAAAUUAUGUGGCAGUAAUUCUGCCACUGCAAUAAAGAACUACUGCAAUCAUGGCCCCCACA